UCGACUUUUCCGGUAAAUGUGAUACGAUUUUUGAAAGCCGGUAUUUUUCGUUUCCAAAUCUAUGUCUGAUCUGGGUGAAUUAGACUGCUGUCGGCUGUGUUUUUCGCAGGACGACUUAACGGAUGAACUUUUUCCGGGAGGUGAUCACCCCAAUGAGGAGCUGAUUAACAUAAUACAAUCAUGUACCUCAAUUCGAAUCACCAUAGAAAAAGACUAUGCAAGUCCUAUCUGCACCAACUGCGUACGUGCUGUGAGACAGUUCCAUGCAUUCCGGCAGGACUGGCUGAUCAAUGAUCGUGAACUGAGGCGAACACGCGGAGAGACCGACGAUUUUGAGGAGGGUGAUCCUUUGUCGAACGGUAUGUUUCAACCAGAAGCAGGACAUGAAACUCGAGACCGGUUCUAUGAUCGAAUGAAGAGCCAGAUUCGGAGCUUUUUGGAGAAACAAACUAAGAAGAUCGAACAAACUGUAUUGGCUAAAUUGGAUUAUGAAUUGUUGAAUCGUGAAGUAAACCAGGAUUGUGAACAGCACGAUGUGGAGGCUGAUGCAUUGACAAAACAAGACUUUAAGAGCGAACAAUACCAAGAGACCGAUUUUAAGCAACCCUCCUGUAGCAAAGAAAGCAAUAUCGAUUGGAAAAAGAAAUAUUUAACUCUUCAAAAAAAUAAUGAGCUGCUGCAGAAAGCGUUUCAAGACCAAAAGGAUAAAAUUAAAGUCACGGAACAAAUGCUGAAAAAAGGAGAUUUGUUAAAAUCCUCAAUCAGUUCAGUUCAAAACGAUGUGGGUUCAACAACAGCUCUCAUCGGUCAUUUGCAGCAGCUUCAAAGGGGCUUUACAGUCCAUUCAGCUAUUCCAAACAUUUCGGUUGAGUUUUUACAAAACGUUAACUUUAAAUCUGGCCCAGGCGAGAAGGGUGAUCGCAACUUUGUCAGCAAAUUAGCCGUGGCCGUGUUCGGCGAGGACACGCUGGCUAAUUCGAGCGUAACCGGACGACCGUCCAACGCUCACAAUCAUUUGCCUCCGAAACCGCCGCUCUGUCCGCAAAAAAUGGCCGCUAUUGGAGUAAAACUCUUUGAGCGCGUUCAGCUCGAGGUAGGACCUGUGAACCAAGAGGCGGUACUCAACCGGUCGCACGAAAGAGUAGUUCGGCUGACAAUUUGUCAAAAGUCUAUGAACCUCAGGAAACAGUAUUCGAAACGAGGACUGAUCGACGAUCACGAGCCUAGCCCAAAGUUUGGUCGUAAAAAAAUUCGCCACCAUUAGGAAACUUGCAACCGAUAGAAGGCUGUCAAUACUUUUUUGAUUGAUUAUGUAUAUAUGAACAUUCAAGUACCUAGUUAUGUUAGUUU